GGCCCGCGCGGCCGCCGCCCCCCGGGCUGGGCCCGGCGCGCCGAGCGGGGGGCGGACGGGCCCGGGGGCGCCGCGGCGGGCGGGCCGGGGGCGGGCGGGGGGCGGGCCGAGCGCGGCACUUCCUGCCGCCGCCAUUUUGUCCAGGAGGAGGAGGAGGAAGCGCCGUCGCGGGGCCCGGGCCCCGAUCUUCCCUUUAAACUCACCUUCACGAUGAAGGUCAGAGGGUAACGCCGCGGGAGAAAAGGUCACCUGCUAAGCGUCAGCUCGUCAUCAAGCGUGCCUGGGAGAAUGUGAUGGGACCGGUAGCAUGUCUGCAGAGAGCGGCCCUGGGACAAGACUGAGGAAUCUGCCCGGGAUGGGGGAUGGCCUGGAGACGACCCCGAUGUCCACCGCGCAGGCCCAGGCCCAGCCCCAGCCUGUCCACACGGCCAGCAGCAACCCCCCGCCCCCGGAGACCUCCAACCCCAACAAGCCCAAGCGGCAGACCAACCAGCUGCAGUACCUGCUCAAGGUGGUGCUCAAGACACUAUGGAAGCACCAGUUUGCGUGGCCUUUCCAGCAGCCCGUGGAUGCUGUCAAGCUGAACCUCCCUGAUUACUACAAGAUCAUCAAGACGCCCAUGGAUAUGGGGACGAUAAAGAAGCGCCUGGAGAACAACUAUUACUGGAACGCUCAGGAAUGUAUCCAGGACUUCAACACCAUGUUUACAAACUGCUACAUCUACAACAAGCCUGGAGAUGACAUCGUCUUAAUGGCAGAAGCUCUGGAGAAGCUCUUCUUGCAAAAAAUCAAUGAACUACCCACAGAAGAAACUGAGAUCAUGAUCGUCCAGGCCAAAGGAAGAGGACGUGGGAGGAAGGAAGCAGGGGCGGCGAAGCCUGGGUUGUCUGCAGUUCCCAACACGACACAGGCAGUGACCCCCCCGCAGACCCAGACCCCUCAGCCGAACCCGCCACCCAUGCCAGCUGCCCCCCAUGCCUUCCCCACCGUCACCCCAGACCUCAUCGUGCAGACCUCCGUUGUGACGGUGGUGCCCCCCCAGCCCCUGCAGACACCCCCGCCAGUGCCCCCCCAGCCACUGCCGCCUCCUGUGCCGGCCCCCCAGCCUGUGCAGACCCACCCACCUGUCAUCGCGGCCACCUCCCAGCCUGUGAAGACCAAGAAGGGGGUGAAGAGGAAAGCAGACACCACCACGCCCACCACCAUGGACCCCAUUCACGAGCCGCCCUCGCUGCCCCCGGAGCCCAAGGUCACCAAGGUGGGCCCCCGGCGCGAGAGCAGCCGGCCCCUGAAGCCUCUGAAGAAGGACGCGCCCGACUCCCAGCAGCACCCGGUGCCAGACAAGAGUAGCAAGGUGUCCGAGCAGCUGCGGUGCUGCGGCGGCAUCCUCAGGGAGAUGUUCGCCAAGAAGCACGCGGCCUACGCCUGGCCUUUCUACAAGCCCGUGGACGUGGAGGCGCUGGGCCUGCACGACUACUGUGACAUCAUCAAGCACCCCAUGGACAUGAGCACCAUCAAGUCUAAGCUGGAGGCCCGGGAGUACCGUGACGCCCAGGAGUUUGGUGCUGACGUCCGACUCAUGUUCUCCAACUGCUACAAGUACAACCCUCCCGACCACGAGGUGGUGGCCAUGGCACGGAAGCUCCAGGACGUGUUCGAGAUGCGCUUUGCCAAGAUGCCUGAUGAGCCCGAGGAGCCUAUGGUGGCCGUCUCCUCCCCGGCUGUGCCGCCCCCUACCAAGGUGGCGGCCCCGCUCUCAUCCAGCGACAGCAGCAGUGACAGCUCCUCGGACAGUGACAGCUCCACCGAUGACUCCGAGGAGGAGCGGGCACAGCGCCUGGCCGAGCUGCAGGAGCAGCUGAAAGCCGUGCAUGAGCAGCUCGCAGCCCUCUCGCAGCCCCAGCAGAACAAACCAAAGAAGAAGGAGAAAGACAAGAAGGAGAAGAAGAAGGAGAAGCACAAAAGGAAGGAGGAAGUGGAGGACAAUAAGAAGAACAAAGCCAAGGAGCCUCCUCCCAAGAGGGCCAAGAAGAGCAGCAGCGGCAGCGCCAGCAAGAAGGAGCCGGCGCCUGUGAAGAGCAAGCCGCCCCCCGCGGACGAGUCGGACGAGGAGGACAGGUGCAAGCCCAUGUCCUACGAGGAGAAGCGACAGCUGAGCCUGGACAUCAACAAGCUGCCGGGCGAGAAGCUGGGCCGCGUGGUGCACAUCAUCCAGUCCCGUGAGCCCUCCCUCAAGAACUCCAACCCCGACGAGAUCGAGAUCGACUUCGAGACCCUGAAGCCGUCCACGCUGCGGGAGCUGGAGCGCUACGUCACGUCCUGUCUGCGCAAGAAGCGGAGGCCGCAAGCAGAGAAGGUUGACGUGACCGCCGGCUCCUCCAAGGUCAAGGGCUUCUCGUCCUCCGAGUCAGAGAGCACCAGCGAGUCCAGCUCCUCGGAUAGCGAUGACUCCGAAACAGAGUUGGCGCCAAAGUCCAAAAAGAGGGGGCACCCAGCAAGGGAGCAGAAGAAGCACCAUCACCACCACCAUCCACAGAUGCAGCAGGCCCCGGCUCCAGUGGCCCCUCCACCACCCCCGCCACCUCCGCAGCAGCAGCCCCCGCCACCCCCACCCUCCCUGCCACAGCAGGCGGCCCCCACCCUGAAGGCCUCGCCCCCUCCCUUCCUGGCCGCCCAGGUGCCUGUCCUGGAGCCGCAGCUCCCGGGCAGUGUCUUCGACCCUGUUGGCCACUUCACGCAGCCCAUCUUGCACCUGCCGCCCCCCGAGCUGCCCCCGCACCUGCCCCAGCCGCCUGAGCACAGCACUCCGCCCCCCCUCAACCAGCACGCCGUGGUGUCUCCUCCAGCUUUGCACAACGCACUGCCCCAGCAGCCCUCGCGGCCCAGCAACCGAGCCGCCGCCCUGCCCCCCAAGCCCACCCGGCCGCCGGCCGUGUCGCCCGCCCUGGCCCAGCCACCCCUGCUCCCGCAGCCGCCCCAGGUGCUGCUGCAGGAUGAGGAGCCGCCCGCCCCGCCCCUCACCUCCAUGCAAGUGCAGCUCUACCUGCAGCAGCUGCAGAAGGCGCAGCCCCCCACCCCACUGCUCCCUUCCGUGAAGGUGCAGUCCCAGCCCCCGCCCCCCCUGCCGCCCCCGCCACACCCUCCCGGGCAGCAGCCCCCGCCCCCACCCCAGCCCCAGCCGCCCCCACCGCCGCAGCACCAGCCCCCACCCCGGCCCGUGCACAUGCAGCCCCUGCCAUUCCCGGCCCACAUCCAGCAGCCCCCGCCACCCCCCGGCCAGCAGCCCCCCCACCCGCCCCCCAGCCAGCAGCCGCCCCCGCCGCCGCCGGCCAAGCCUCAGCAAGUCAUCCAGCAUCACCCUUCGCCCCGGCACCACAAGGCGGACCCCUACGCCACAGGUCACCUCCGGGAAGCCCCCUCCCCGCUUAUGAUACAUUCCCCCCAGAUGCCACAGUUCCCAAGCCUGACCCACCAGUCUCCACCCCAGCAAACCAUCCAGCCCAAGAAGCAGGAGCUGCGCGCCGCCUCCGUGGUCCAGUCCCAGCCCCUGGUGGUGGUAAAGGAAGAGAAGAUCCACUCGCCCAUCAUCCGCAGCGAGACCUUCAGCCCCUCGCUGCGGCCCGAGCCCCCCAAGCACCCAGAGAACGUCAAGGCCCCCGUCCACCUGCCCCAGCGGCCGGACUUGAAGCCAGUGGACGUGGGGAGGCCUGUGAUCCGGCCCCCUGAGCAGAAUGCACCCCCACCCGGGGCCCCCGACAAGGACAAACAGAAACAGGAGCCCAAGACGCCUGUUGCUCCCAAAAAGGACCUGAAAAUCAAGAACAUGGGCUCCUGGGCCAGCCUGGUGCAGAAGCACCCAACCACCCCGUCCUCCACCGCCAAGGCGUCCAGCGACAGCUUCGAGCAGUUCCGCCGGGCGGCGCGGGAGAAGGAGGAGCGGGAGAAGGCGCUGAAGGCGCAGGCCGAGCUCGCCGAGAAGGAGAAGGAGCGGCUGCGGCAGGAGCGCAUGAGGAGCCGUGAGGAUGAGGACGCGCUGGAGCAGGCCCGGCGGGCCCACGAGGAGGCGCGCAGGCGCCAGGAGCAGCAGCAGCAACGGCAGGAGCAGCAGCAGCAGCAGCAGCAGCAGCAGCAGGCCGUGGCCGUGGCCGCCGCUGCCCCCCAGGCCCAGAGCUCCCAGCCCCAGUCCAUGCUGGACCAGCAGAGAGAGCUGGCGCGCAAGCGGGAGCAGGAGCGGAGGCGCCGGGAGGCGAUGGCAGCUACCAUUGACAUGAAUUUCCAGAGUGACCUCUUGUCAAUAUUUGAAGAAAACCUUUUCUGAGAGCGCCUGCGUGACUUCUGACUUUGAUUUUCCGGCGCAAACAUGGACUCUCCAUAGUGUUAGGCGGCGGUGGCGGCGGGAGCAGCGGCCGGGGCGCCUCCAGGCCUGGCCCCCCUGCAUGCGACGCCCAGGGCAGGCCCAGUGGGAGCUGAGAUCGCGGAGCCCGUCUGCCUUACAGCCAGCCGGACGUCAGCCAGGGACAGCCCCCCGCGGGCGGCCGGGGCCGAGGCCACCCUCCGCCAAAUGUCCACACAGUAUCACAGGCCUGGGCGCCGCCGCCGUGACUGGCUUCCGGCCGUGAGAACAUGACGCACGCGGCGCCCUGCCCGCCAGGAGCCCUUCCCAGCCCAGCCCGAGCCGCCCACUCCCAGGAGUCUGGGGCAGCCCGCGGGCAAGGGCAGCGCCCCCAGCUCGCACUGACUUUGCCUUGAACAGACCCCCCACCCCACCCCCCACAAGCCUUUAAUCGAGAGCCACUCUCCAUAAGUGUUCGCUUGUGCAGAAGGGAUCGUGCCGUGGAGGUGUGUGUGUCCCGUGUGGUGCAGGGCGGGCGGUGGGCACGCACGGUGGCGGGCCUUGCUGGGGAGUGAGGCCACCAACCAAAGUCAGUCCCUUCCCACCUGGGUUUCUGUGUUGUUUUUUUUUUUUGUUUUUUGUUUUUUCUAUAUAUAUUUUUUGUUGAGUUCUAUUUUAUUUUUAAUUCUCCUCUUCUCCAGACACAAUGGCACUACUAAUCUCAAAAUGGUGUGAGCGGCCCCGCACUGUGGGUAGUGUGUGACGUGGCUGUAUCGUGUAGUGGACAUAGCUGGCCUGUUUUUGUUUGAAGUUUGUUGGUGACUCCACCAAACUUGGUGUAAAAACAAACCUCCCAAAAAAUCCACACACCCAAAAAAGGCAAAACAGAACACACAAAAUCUGCUUAUACCUUACUCCGUUUCAAACUUUUAUUAGUCUGUUUUUUAAUUAUAAAAGCAGAAAGCUGCGUUUUGGGUUUUCUUUUCCCUCUCCCUGCCCCCUUCAUCCGUUGGCUUGUUUUUUAACGUCAGAUCCGUUGGAGUUUUUACUGGGAAGGGCCGGCCCAGGGCUGGGAUGGGCACCUGGGAGCCACGUCCGGAGGCCCCUGCCCCGCCCCGGCGACUUCUCCCACCCCACCUCCUCUGUCCCCCCUUUUGAUUUUUGUAAUGGGAGCCCUCGGCGAGGUUAAGCCCUGAGAUUCCCCCACCCCAGCGCUGGUGCCCCGGUGCCGCCCGCGCUGUGCAGUCACCGACUGGCCCAACUCGGAUGCGGUGGAGAUGCACCUGGCUCUGUACUGGUCGUGGAAUAAACACAUCUCUCUUUUUUAA